UAUCUUCUCAGAGUUGAGUUGAACAGUAGAAGUGACUUUCUCGAGACUAACACUACUGUGACUUGGGGCGAUAUCUUGAUAUUCACAGGUCUAUCGACCAUCGACUUAUCAAACUCAGCUAUACACUACUCCGAGGGUGAUCAAGAUGCAUUUCGCUACCUUACUACUCACCCUCUUCACAGGCCUGACUCCCUUAGUACGAUGCAUUGGGGAUGCCUACGACAAUGGUUUCCUCGACCAAGCGAUCAAAUUGAUGGAGGAAAGUCCGCUGCUGGACACGCACAUCGAUCUGCCGCAGAUCAUCAGAAGUCUGAAUCGCCGACCACUAGACGCACUUCCCCAGCUCAACGGCUCUUACCCAGGGCACGUCGACAUCCCGCGCAUGCGAGAAGGUCGACUAGGCGGAGCAUUCUGGACAGUCUGGGCCCCUUGCUACGAUGUGACGGGCGAAGAUCCCGGUGCCGACUUCAACACGCCGACCAACCACCUACGCGACUCGCUGGAGAUGCUCGACAUUAUCCAGAACAUGAUCGCCUUGCAUUCAGAUGAUCUCCAGUACGCCAGGACAUCGACCGAGAUCAUGACGGCUUUCAGCUCGGGUAAAAUCGCAUCAUUGAUCGGCAUGGAAGGAACGCAUCUGCUGGGCAAUUCCCUCGGCGCACUUCGCAUCUUCGCACAAUUGGGAGUACGAUAUCUGACGUUGACGCAUACCUGUCACAGCGCGUUCGCGUCAAGCGUUGGGUCGGGAACGCCGCUGAACGAUGUCCACGAAGGUAAUGGAUUGUCGGAGCUGGGCAAGGAACUUGUCAAAGAACUUAACCGUGUCGGUAUCAUGGUGGACCUUUCGCACACGACGCCCGAGACUAUGAGGCAGGCUAUCGCGCUGUCUGAGGCUCCGGUGGUCUGGACGCACGCUGGUGCUCGGGCUCUGUGGGAUCACCCACGCAAUGUUCCCGAUGAUGUGCUCGACAUGAUCGGUGAUGGUCCAGGACAGAAAGACGCCGUUAUACAAUCGGUUUUCUUCCCACUGUUCAUCGCUGGUGAGGGAUCCAACGUCUCACAUGUGGCGGACCACAUCGAGUACAUCGCCAAUAAGAUCGGGAGGAAUCGUGUCGGUAUAGCGUCCGACUAUGAUGGUAUGUACGCGACUGUCGAAGGUCUGGAGGAUGCUAGCAAAUACCCGAAUCUGGUCGCAGAACUUCUUUCCAGAGGCUGGACGACGGAGGAGAUGCGUGGAGUCUUGGGUGGGAAUCUGAUGAGAAUCAUGGACAAGGUGGAUGAGGUCAGUGAGAGCUUGAAAGAGCGCUUACCUUCGUCUGCAAUCUGGGAGAAGAGAAAGGAUCUGCCUUCGACAAACUGGGGAGGUGGCGGUCCGCAAAUGUACUGGCCGCCAGAUGUGAAGGACACGGUGGACAAGAUGCAAAUACGACAUGAUGAGCUGUAAGGAUGGAGGGCUGGAGACCUUCUGGAGAAGAACUUGAAGUAGUGAGAACGCCAUUAGCCAGCUCGUUUGGCCAGAAAAGUCGUUGCCUGACUGGGCUUGCAAGUUGACUGUUCCGAGUCCAACAUCGCGAAUCCGUG